AUGAGUGGCCGGAUACUACUUCAAACAACACCCGCUCACUUGGUUAGCCCCUUAGAUAAAGCGCUUCGAGAAGCCUCUACAGUUGAUGAUGUUCUUGAGCUGCAAAAUGAGCACAUAUGGUCGAUUGGAUACAAGGACCUUGCAGGAAGUUUGUAUGUUCGUGUUCGCCGGGAUGCUAAUGAGCAGUUGGUUCUAGCACACGUAACCAACCGUCUUUCCAGCUUGGUGAAAUAUUUAACAAUACAGGUUUAUAAAGAUGACUGGACGCGAGCAACAAACUCGUUUAUCAUGAAUUGGUCACCCGCGAACAACGCACUGUAUAAUCAGAACAUUCCUGGUACACAAGUUAGACCUGAUCUAAAGCAUAAUCUACCGUCAUCUUUACCUGCAUCAGCCUCACAUCACAAAACGCAGGAAGACAGUUAUCAGGAACCUCAAGUUAAUCCUAAUCAUUAUAUCUUUGCGUAA